UCCCGUAAUCCCAGCUAUUUUAGACUUCCCAGCUUUCCUUGGAUGGUGAUUGUCGUCUGCUGCCUCUGCAUUAUCGGUCCUGGCCUUUUCUUCGUCCCACACAUGGUUCCCCUGAAAUAUCUUGGGCCUGUCGGGCCGCUCUACAGGUUUUUCAUACGAGUUGGCAUCUGGCACGAAGUGAUUGUUACAGCGUUAUCCUUGCACUUCUUUGAGGCAAUUUACAGCUGGCACCUGUGCAGGAGAAAGGGAAUCGAAGGGUCAGCAAGGGUCAAGUGGUUAGUCUCCACCGCACUCUUCGGCGGGACCUCUCUGUAUGAACUCAACAGGUAUAAGCCGGUCCUCCAUGGAGCUAACUGACUGAUAUAGAGUCUAUUAUGUGGAAAACAGACGAGUAGGCAUUGCGGAUGUACGGGGGGUGACAUGUAUAAAAUAUAUAUAUAUAUGUGUUCAUUGAAAGUAGAUGGCACAUUAGUUUUUAGCAAUUGCUCAUACACCAGCAAUUACUUUUUAAAGUAAAUAAUACACCCAUCACAAAUAAACACUUUAAUAUACACUCAAGAAAAUCCCCCCUUAU